AUGACGACGGUUCAAAAGAUCAAGGAGAUUGAAGAUGAGAUGAACAAAACCCAGAAGAACAAGGCCACAUCCUAUCACCUGGGUCAAUUGCGUGCUAAGCUCGCCAAGUUGAAACGAGAGCUCAUCACUCCCUCUGGUGGUGGAGGUGGUGGGCCUGGUAUUGGAUUCGAUGUUGCCAAGACCGGUGUAGCUUCGGUCGGAUUCGUCGGUUUCCCUUCCGUCGGCAAGUCGACGCUCAUGUCAGGCUUGACAGGUACUACAUCAGAAGCAGCAGCAUACGAGUUCACCACCCUCACAUCAGUUCCAGGAACCAUGAAGGUGCAUGGCGCUCCGAUUCAGAUCAUCGAUUUACCCGGUAUUAUCGAAGGUGCAAAGGACGGUAAAGGUCGUGGUCGACAAGUCAUUGCUGUAGCCCGAACAUGCAACCUUAUCUUCAUUGUGCUCGAUGUAGGAAAGCCGCUGAAGGACAAAGCUAUCAUCGAGAACGAAUUGGAAGGAUUCGGCAUUCGACUCAACAAAAAGCCACCCAACAUUGUCGUUCGCAAAAAGGAGAAAGGUGGUAUCGCCAUCACCAACACUGUUCCCCUCACCAAGCUCGAUCACGACGAAGUCAAAGCCGUACUCAGCGAAUACCGUAUCAGCAACGCCGACGUCUCCUUCCGACAAGACGCCAACAUCGAAGAGCUCAUCGACGUUAUCGAGGGCAACCGUAUUUACAUCCCUGCCAUCUACGUUCUCAACAAGAUCGACUCAAUCAGCAUCGAAGAGCUUGACCUGCUCUACAAGAUCCCGAACUCAGUACCCAUUUCAUCGCAGCACUGGUGGAACGUGGACGAUGAGCUGGUGGAGAAGAUGUGGCAGGAACUUUCUUUGGUGCGAGUUUACACAAAACCAAGGAAGGCGGCACCGGAUUACUCGUCGCCAGUCGUGCUCAAGACAGGUAGGAGUACAGUGGAAGACUUCUGUAAUGCUAUUCACAAGGAGAUUAUCAAGCAGUUCAAGUUCGCAAUGGUUUGGGGUAAGAGUGCUAAGCACCCAAGAGGACAGCGUGUCGGUGCGGAUCAUGUGCUGGAGGAUGAGGACUGUGUGACGAUCUUCAAGCGCUAA